AUGAAUACAAUUGUAAAUCUGACAACUGGUAUUUUUCAAAUAGUAUCAGCUGCUGCGAUUGGACUGUUUACAUUGAUUACAAUAUGCACAUCGAUUUCUUCGGGGAUUAACACAAGCAGAACUUUUUUAAAAGUGUCAAAUUUGUCCAACUUGUUUGGAACCAUGUUCUUUAGUUUUGCAUUUUCCAAAGAGAUUUUAACUUUGGUGAACAUUGCACAUCCAAAAGUUGAUUUGAAAAAAUGCGUUGGAUUAUCAACAUGCAUAGCAUGCAGUAUAUAUGUAUUGAUUGGUGUAUUUGGUGCGCUUGGGUUUGAUCUGGAUUCAAGCAAUACCAUUGUUGCGGCAAUGUAUAGUAGCCAACACGAUAAUUUAAUCGGCAUAAUUGUGUUGGAAAUCAUGCUUGUUUUGAUACCACUCUGCACCUGUAUAGCUUCAAUUUUAGUCAACAUGUCCAUAAUUCAAUUAAACCUUGUUACUGGGCAAAUUUGCUCCAAACCAUGGGCUCGGUUUUGGGGUGUCAUUGUGCCAUUGUGUAUUGCUGUUCCGCUGCAGUCAGGCAUUGGAGUUGCUCAUUUUCGAUUUUGGACAAACUUGACGUUUCAGGCAUUGUGCAAUUAUAUUGUACCAUUUCUAAUCAUGAUGAUGCUUUCAAAGCGCAGUCUAGUUAUGAAUCAGUCGAUCAUGGACGAUAUUGAGUUUUUGGACAUUACAGCUGGAAUCAAAAAAAUGUACCGUGAUGAUGAGGAUGAUUUUGAUUACAUUUAUCAUCUCCCACAUGCAGAUCUUGAUCGGAUAGUCAUUCGCGAUCCAUUCAAACCAUCUCACCCUGUUCAUUCUAAAACAAAAUCAAUUGGCAACUUAUCCCUUACAUCUCGCCAUUCCAUCAAAGCAAUUCGUAGCACGCUAGAUGUGAAUGUUGGGAAACUGUCUGCAUCGUAUCGUGCAGCUAUUGCUUCCCAUAGCUCAUUGAACCAAUCCAAGUCCAGUUUAUCCGAUUUGACAACUGGUCAAACAAGCAGUUCAAACAUGGUUUCAGAUGUGGUGGAUAUCAAUCCAAAAGGAACUUUGAGCAUGAUGAAUAGCACUCUGGGAUUGACGAUGGAUAUGAGCCGAUCGAGUUUGAAGAAAUCGCAUUUGACUGCUGGUGGAUUGCUGAAUCCAAAUCAAAAUGCACAUAUAAUCAGAUCAAAACGAGUCAGUGUAAGCAGCAACGAAACGAGUAGUCGCCAAAGUAAGAUUGGUGGUAAUAUGGCAAAUAUUGACAAUGGCAAUUCCGAGUAUCUUGGUGGUCUGCAGUAUGGCAAUGGUGAAUUGAUGGAUAUUUUUGACGACGAAUACAGUCGGGAUGAAGCGAUUCAAAUGGAUACUUUAGCCAUGGUUAAGCCAUUCAAAGCAAUGCCUAGAUGGUUGACUAACAUCAUGCGACCACAAUGGAUUGCUGGAUUAGGCGCUUGUUUGGUGUUUGGGCUUACUGUUCAUUCGUUGAUUACAGCAGCAAUAUAUCAACAGACACAUUCGGUAUAG